AUACACAUCAGACGAAUUUCGUUAAUGCUCUUCUCUCUCCAUCUCUCUCUCUCUUCUCCCAUCUCCUUUCUGAAUUUGGGACCUCCUGAAUUACUCCUUCCCCACUACUCCUUUCUUCAACCAUCAGAUCCCCUCUCUCUCUCUUCCACAAUCCAAGAAAAAAGGUAGGAAAUGGGUGCUGCCACAAACGGUGUUGAUAUGGAGGAAGGGACGCUUGAGAUUGGAAUGGAGUACAGGACUGUAUCUGGAGUUGCUGGACCAUUGGUCAUCCUUGAAAAAGUCAAGGGACCCAAGUAUCAAGAAAUUGUCAACAUCCGUUUGGGAGAUGGAUCGACUAGACGUGGUCAAGUUCUUGAAGUAGAUGGGGAGAAAGCAGUUGUACAGGUGUUUGAAGGGACAUCUGGCAUUGAUAACAAGUAUACGACCGUACAGUUUACAGGAGAGGUCUUGAAAACUCCUGUCUCACUGGAUAUGCUUGGACGCAUAUUUAAUGGGUCUGGGAAACCCAUUGACAAUGGACCUCCCAUUUUACCCGAGGCUUACUUGGAUAUUUCUGGUAGUUCCAUCAACCCCAGUGAGAGAACCUAUCCCGAAGAGAUGAUACAGACAGGAAUUUCAACAAUUGAUGUCAUGAACUCAAUUGCUAGAGGACAGAAAAUUCCUCUAUUUUCGGCUGCUGGUCUUCCUCAUAAUGAAAUUGCUGCCCAAAUAUGUAGGCAGGCAGGUCUAGUGAAACGGUUGGAGAAAACUGAAGAUCUUCUUCAGCAUGACGGAGAGGACAACUUUGCCAUUGUAUUUGCUGCCAUGGGAGUUAACAUGGAAACAGCACAAUUUUUCAAGAGGGAUUUUGAGGAAAAUGGGUCAAUGGAAAGAGUUACCCUUUUCUUAAACCUGGCAAAUGAUCCUACCAUUGAACGUAUUAUUACUCCCCGAAUUGCACUGACUACUGCUGAAUAUUUGGCAUAUGAGUGUGGAAAGCACGUGCUCGUUAUACUAACAGACAUGAGUUCUUAUGCGGAUGCUCUUCGUGAGGUAUCUGCUGCAAGAGAAGAAGUUCCUGGAAGACGUGGUUAUCCUGGAUAUAUGUACACCGAUCUGGCAACCAUUUAUGAACGUGCAGGACGUAUUGAAGGGCGAAAGGGGUCCAUCACUCAAAUUCCAAUUUUAACCAUGCCAAAUGAUGAUAUUACACAUCCCACCCCGGAUCUUACUGGUUACAUUACAGAGGGCCAGAUAUACAUUGAUAGACAGCUUCAUAAUAGACAGAUCUACCCACCAAUCAAUGUGCUUCCAUCCUUGUCUCGUCUGAUGAAGAGUGCAAUUGGAGAAGGGAUGACUCGCAGGGAUCACUCUGAUGUCUCGAACCAGUUGUAUGCAAAUUAUGCUAUUGGGAAGGAUGUCCAAGCAAUGAAAGCAGUGGUGGGAGAAGAGGCGCUUUCUUCGGAGGAUCUGCUAUAUCUGGAAUUCCUAGACAAAUUUGAAAGGAAAUUUGUGGCACAGGGAGCCUACGAUACAAGGAACAUCUACCAGUCGCUUGAUCUAGCCUGGACUCUGCUUCGAAUCUUUCCUCGUGAGCUUCUUCAUCGUAUACCAGCUAAGACACUUGAUCAGUUCUACAAUCGGGAUGCAAGCAGCUGAAAUUUUUGAAGCUUUGACGUGUUUGGUGUUGGUGUUCCCCAAUGAUUGAUUUGUCUUCUUUUGCGUGUUUCUAUUGGGUAUUGCUUCGCCUCCUACUUCUGGCUUUAAAUAAAAGGAGCUGAAUCUCCUCUGAGUCAUUUUUUUUCUUCUUCUAGUUAAUAUUCUUUUAAUAUGAUCCAAACAGGGUUAUGGUAGAUCAUGUUAUUAAUUAUUAUUGUGUGCCUUUUCUUUGUGGGUUUUGUAAAAUCUUAUGUGAGUUUUCACUUCCCUAACAAAGAAAGAGUGGAUGGUUUUUCGGCUGGCUUUUAUUAUGUGAACCCUUUUCACUUUCAA